CAAUCCAUGUUCGUAGGAUUCUCAUUCACAAUUUCACGUAGCAUAAGUCCAUGACAUAAACGAGCCAAAAGAAAGAGAACACCAGAAAAAAUGCAUCGUUCAUACAACUCUCUCCUACGCAAUAUUCGCCAUUUUUCUCUUCCCCAAUCUCUGUUCUUACACUCUUCAAUCAACCCACAAUAUUACCACCAUGAAAAACAAAAACCAUCAUCACAAGAAACAAGAAAAAACCCAGAAUCCCAAAAUGACUUAGAAUUUUUCUCAAAAACCCUAAUUGCUUCCCCAACUCAAAUCCACAAACUAAUCUCCUCUCAAUCAGACCCACUUUUAGCUAAAGAAAUCUUCGAUUUAGCUUCUCGUCAACCUAAUUUCCGUCAUUCUUACUCAACUUUCCACACUCUAAUUCUCAAACUUGGAAAUGCUCGUCAAUUCUCUCUCAUGGAAAAUCUCCUUUCUCAGCUUAAACGACUGCGUUUUGAUACAACCCCAGGUUUAUUUUCGCGCGUAAUUUGCAUUUAUGGUGAUGCCCAUUUACCUGAAAAAGCCCUUAAAACAUUUUACAGCAUCAUUGAAUAUAAUUGUAAUCCAACAUCGAAACAUCUUAAUCAUGUUCUUAAGAUUCUUGUUGCGCAACGUAACUUUAUUAGGCCUGCGUUUGAUCUUUUUAGGGUUGCUCAUAAGUUUGAAAUUACCCCAAAUGUUGAAUCUUAUAAUAUAUUGAUGAGGGCUUUUUGUUAUAAUGAUGAACUUAGUGUUGCAUACAAGCUGUUCAAUGAAAUGCUUAAGAGAGAUAUUUUGCCUGAUGUUGAAUCUUAUAGGAUUUUGAUGCAAGCAUUGUGUCGAAAGAGUCAGGUGACAAAAGCUAUGGAUUUGUUAGGUGAUAUGCUUAACAAGGGUUUUGUGCCGGAUACCUUAAGCUAUACUAGUUUGUUGAAUAGUUUGUGUAGGAAGAAGAAGCUAAAAGAGGCUUAUAAGUUGCUUUGUAGGAUGAAAGUUAAGGGGUGUAAUCCAAAUAUUACACAUUAUAACACGGUUAUAUUGGGAUUGUGUCGAGAGGGGCGUGCCUCUGAUGCCAUCAAGGUUUUAGAUGAUAUGUAUUCGAAUGGAUGUUUGCCCAAUUUGGUGUCCUAUAGGACUUUGGUUGGUGGGUUGAUUGAUCAAGGAAUGUAUGAUGAAGCGAAGAAGUAUAUGGAGGAAAUGAUUUUGAAGGGUUUUUCUCCACAUUUUUCAAUCACUCAAACUUUGAUCGAAGGUUUGUGUAAUGUUGGUAGGAUAGAAGAAGCUUCCGCGUUGCUUGGAGAGCUACUGAAACAUGGGGAAGCACCACAUGCUGGUACAUGGCAAGAAGUUAUAUCCAAGAUUUGUGAGGCAGAGGAGAUGGAGAGAUUAGAUAGAUCGUUGGAUGAGGUGAUUAAGGUUGAUUUGAAACCUCAUACGAGGAUAGUUGAGGCUGGAGUGGCUUUGGAGGAGUAUUUGAUCAAGAAGAUACAUGCAAAUUCCUGGAAAGCUUGAGGUUUUGUCUAAAAGUCAGUUGACUUCUUGGUUUUCCCAUGUUCCCUGAGCUUUGAAGUUAUUAUAUACCUCAAAUAAGUAAACUUUCUGCAGUAAUUUGUUUAGAAUUAGACCUUCUGGAGAUAUGUUGUCAAGUUAAUUCAAAUGGAGGUAAACUAUUUCUCCCGGGCGAUCUCAGUGUUGGACAACUAGUGCUGGACGUUGUCGUCAGUUCAGUUGGAACACUUUCAUAUUCUUUUCUUGUUAAGAGGUGGAGUGUGUGUUUGAAGUUCAUUUGGUCUGUGCUCGGUCGUGUAGUUGACUAGAUGGAGUGGUAAUCCAAAUUUAGCUUUAGGGAGGUUAACAGACUCAUGGUGGCUUUUUGGGGUAUCCGGAAUGAAAGGAUUGUAGUAUUUCAUGGUGGUAG